AUGAAAAUUUGUAUAAGUGCAUAUAUAGUUUUAUCAUAUCUUGCCAUAGUUUUGAGCUUGAAUGAAGAUGAUGAGAUAACUAUCCUAAAUGAUUAUGAAGAUAUAGAACCUGCUGCAAGUAGAUAUAAAAGGUUGAUAUGGUCGAAUCCUCAAACCCCUAUAUUAAAUAAGUUCAUGCAAGUGAUAGGAGGCAGUAAUGAAGAUACCAAUGGAAACUUUUUUGAUUUUCUAAGGGAUUCCUAUCCUUUACCUGGAGGUCUUAAAGAGCCAUAUACAGAGUACGACUUUGUCAUUGUUGGUGCUGGCUCUGCUGGUUGCGCUUUGGCAUCUAAACUAACAGAAAACCGAAAUGUAACCGUACUUCUACUUGAGGCGGGCAAACCAGAAAUGUUUUUCACCGAUAUACCCGCUGGAGCCCCUUACUUCCAAGGGACAGAAUAUGUGUGGCAUUAUUAUAUGGAACCCCAGCCUGGAGUAUGUAUGGGAAUGAACAAUCAACGCUGUUUUUGGCCACGCGGAAAAGCCAUCGGUGGCACAAGUGUUGUGAAUUAUAUGAUUUACACUCGAGCAAGACCACGAGAUUGGGACCGGAUCGCUGAAGAUGGAAACUAUGGAUGGUCUUACAAUGACAUGCUAAAAUAUUUUGUACAAGUGGAAAAAUCUAACCUUGGAGGCUAUGAGAAGGAACCUCAUAGAGGUCGUGAUGGCGUACUACCUGUGGAAUUCGUACCAAUAAAAACAAAAUUAUCUGAUGCAUUCCGUGAAGCUGGUAGAAUUCUCGGACAUCCCACAGUGGAUUAUAAUGCCCCUGAAAAUCUUGGAUUUGGUAGAGUGCAAGUUACGACAAGCAGAGGACAUAGAUACAGUGCUGCGAAAGUAUUUUUACAUAGUCAUAAAAAAAGACCAAACCUUCAUAUUUUACAAGACAGCUUAGCAAUUAAAUUACUUAUAAAUCCUCAAAGUAAAGAAGCAUAUGGUGUAGAAUAUUCACGUAACAAACUACUCCAUACUGUUUUAGCGCGUAAAGAAGUUAUUCUGGCAGCAGGACCUAUAGCUUCUCCGCAACUUCUAAUGUUAUCUGGAAUUGGACCAAAAGACCAUCUUACUUCUGUUGGAAUAUCAGUAAUACAAGAUCUCCCAGUUGGCCGUAAGCUGUACGAUCAUAUAUGCUUCCCUGGUUUAAUAUAUACUCUAAAUGUAACAGAUGUAAGUUUUAUUGAAAACAAAGAACUAACUUUACCAAAUUUUAUAGAAUGGAUACGUAACGGAGAUAACUCUUUUGCGUCCGCGGGCGCUGUUGAAGAUAUUGGUUAUAUAAAAACACCAAUUUCAGAUGAUCCAGAUCCUUCAGUUCCAGAUAUGGAACUUAUAAAUCUUGGAGGAUCAAUAAUAUCUGACGGAGGGCCUGGCGGCAGCAAGGCUGUCCGAAGAGGCAUGAGAAUAAAACCAAGUAUAUUUGAUGACGCAUUUGGAAGUAUUGAUGCCACAGAUACAUGGAGUGCUUUUCCAAUGUUAUUACAUCCAAAAUCAUUUGGAUAUUUAGAACUAAAAAAUAACAAUCCCUUUACUUAUCCACGUCUUCGAGGUAAUUAUCUGACGGCGCGUAGUGAUGUUGAUACAUUUAUAGCGGCAAUUCGACACAUACAGGCAUUAGUUGCUACUGCUCCGUUUCAACGGCUAGGCGCUCGCAUCUAUCCGGCUAAAUAUAAAACUUGUCAAUCUAUUGAAUUUGAUACUGAUGAAUAUUGGGAAUGCGCUUUGCGCACUUUGACUGCGACUCUACACCAUCAAAUAGCAACAUGUCGAAUGGGCCCUGAAGAAGAUCCUGAAGCUGUUGUAGAUCCCGAAUUAAGGGUAAAAGGAAUAAAAAAUCUACGCGUAGUGGACUCCAGUAUUAUUCCUAGAACAAUAUCCGCACAUACAAAUGCACCCGCUAUUGUAAUAGGCCUCAAAGCAGCCGACUUAAUAAAAUACACUUGGAAUAUACGA